CGAGGCUGUAAGUGUUAGGUCAGGCCAAGGAGGUUGUUGUAGGUUGUAACAACUAUGGACGACCUUCUGACAGGAGAUAUUCGACCUGUUCGACCUGCGCCGCCUCCCCCCAAAUCUCGAUCAAUGGGGCCACAGCCACGGAAUGAUGAUCUACUAAUUAUACAGUCGGAGGAAGAGGAAAGACCUCGACCGGUCUCCAGAACAUCAAAUAAAGUGUCGUCACAAAGAAGUUGCCACAAUGGAUUGCCAAGAUCAGCUUCAUUACCUCUCACCAACGGCGUACAGAAGAAGAAAGCGCCGCCGCCAAGGCCGCCACCGCCUAAAGUGAACACCACACAGCCCUCCCUGGAAAAAUCACACCCAAUAUUUCACAGAUUGCAUAAGUUUUCAGUUAGAAAGAAGACCCACCACCAGCUAGAACAAAAUAAUUCAUCAAGAUGUGGGAGUAUGUUUAGUAAACUGCGGGGUCCUCCACCCUCCAGGCCCAGACUGUCCUCUGCACACACCACCAUGUCAGCUCCCAGCACACCUGUAUGUGAAGCUUCCUUAAUAGACUUUUCAUCACCACCUAGUUCACCCACAACAAGAUCUGGCAGUGAUGGUCUCAGUGUCAACAGCUUUGGUAGUGAAUCUUCAACAGGAAACCAGAGCUCGGGUUUUGAUGAUAUAUUCGAUCCUUUUGCCUCGGUCCAAGAACCCAGUGCUUUUGUACAACCCAGAAAGGUGGGGGCGUCAUCUUUUUUUUCCAGCACUUUUGCAGGCCCUGUAGCCCAGACUGUGCGGGAGACAAACGCGAACCAAGAUCCUUUUGACAUGUUGGCUCGGAGAGCAAAUAUGAACAGCACGCAGACACAAAAACCUCAGACUUGUGUAAUGCAAAUCCAGGGUACUGCUCCACCUGCUAGAGUGUCUGCUUCAGUGUCCCAACCAGCCACUCAGAACACCAGUAAUAAACCAGAACAAAAGAACAGUUUCAGGCCAACAAUUAUCCGUCCAAAGGCACCAGUUUCCAGUUGUCAAGUAGAGAGUGCAGGUGACAGUGGCAUUAGUAUGAAUAAUCAGUUGUCUGACUUGGUAAGCAUCAACUGGAGUGCUGCUGCAUCAAGAGGUUCAAGUACCCACAUUAUAGAUCAGACCAUCCCAGAGGAACCUCCGCCUCUCCCUCCACGCCCAGAAGCCGAGGAUGAAGAUGAGGACAGACCGCAUGGUGUGGCCGAGUUUGAUUUUGUUGCUUCUCAAACAAGUGAUCUGGAUUUCAGGGUUGGUGAUGUCGUCCAGCUUCUGUACAGGAUUAGUGAAGAGUGGCUGUUUGGGCGGUGUGGGCUCAAAGAGGGGAUGUUUCCUCAGGCUUUUAUAAAGACUGUUGUACCUCUUGCUGGUGAAAAGCCUCCAGUAGUGUCAUCUAGUCAUUCAUCUGUGAUAAAUGCAGCCACUUCAUCUCAUCAGCCUCCUGCCUUAAACACCAGCAUUGGUUCCUCCCAAGUUGUUACAGCCAUAUAUACUUUCCAGGCUGAGGCACCAGAAGACCUCACUAUAUAUGAGGGCAGUGCGGUCCGUGUGAUGGGUCGCUUGAAUGACCAGUGGCUGUAUGGGGAGAGUAGUGGAAAAUGUGGACAGUUCCCGGCAAACUUUGUAGAUAGAAUACCACCCAAUCUUCCCGAGAUGUCUCCCAGUUAUAAUUAAGGGUCACGAUAUGGGAGAUUAAUUCAUUUCCACACAACCGAUCGGUGAGAAAUGAAAUCAAUUGUUUAUAGUUCAUCAUUUACCAUUUCUAUACUGUACACACUUCAUCAUGAGAUGUAUAUAAGUCAAGUGUUCAGAGACAUUGUUUCUGAAUUAGGCAGUUGACAAGAAAUAGCAUUGUCUACCUCUCCAGUAAAGCCUGUUGGCAGUCAUAGUGUUAAAUAGAAAUACUGUACGAGUUCCUUGUGAAAACUUUGAAAGAGAUUUAGUAAACUCGGCCAGACUGUUUGAGGCUUUUAAAUUAUUUAUAAAGUGUGUGCCUCUCUUGUACAAACCAGUGAGGAGCAUUUAAUUUCUUCCAUGUACAGUAGCUAUAUUGAAUUUUUUUACUGUACAGUAUAGUACUUGAAUCAGUGUUUCAAAUAUUAUACUUGUUACUUACUUUAUCUGUGGUAAAUAAUUUGUUUUCUUCAAAAAUAAUAAAUAAUAAACUUAUGAAUCUGGUAGUUAACAGUUAACCUUCUGUGCUUACUUAUCUCUUCUAGAUAAAGAGAUGAUUUAAUAGCACCUGCAUUCAAACUAUUUUAGUCUGUUAACAUUGCUGUAGCUUGAAACUUGUUCGUAGCUCAGUUAAAAAUUAUUACACAGUACUGAAUACAUUAGAGUGACUACACUACACAGAAGCAGAUGCCUGGUGCUGUAGAAAAAUCUCAGUAAUGGUAUUAAUUGAAAAAGUUAUUACUGUUUACUUUUCCAUGGAAGAAAUGAAAUUAGACUUGUGUUUUAUAAGUUGUGUGUCAUACUUGAUGCUAAGUUAUGAAAACAUUACAGUCGGCACGUAAUAAUAUUGUAUACUGUACAGGUAUUGUGAUUUACUCCCAUACACUUCAUGACAUUACUUUUUACCUUGUUAUUGUACUAUUACAUGUAAAUAUAUAUAUUUGUGUGUGUGUAUACAAUAGUAUAUGUUUGGUUGCCGACAUAUAGAGAGAAGCUCUCAAGGUUUCCUGUGUUUAAUCACUAUUUUGCUCAGAGAAUUUGAUUGUAGGUUAAACAGUUUUUCUUACCAGGAAACUUUUAUAUAGAAAGCUUUGAUAAAUGCCUACAAUGAAUAACUUAGAGACUUUGGUAGUUUAUUAAGAGUAAUUUUUACCUUUGUCUUACAAACUUUGUCAACUAAGGACUGGUUUGAAGUGUUCCCAUUGUGUUGGAAAAUUGGAGGUUAUCUGUAUCAGACUUCUCUCCAGUUUACUAAACAUGGAUCACUAUCAUUAUGAGCCAAGCUAAGAAGAAGAAUUUAUUUGAUGUGCUUUAAAAGUUAGACUUGUAAACAGAGUUAUCUUUCACUUAUUAUGGAUUAUUUUGACACAGCUUUGUGAUUCUUUUACAAUAGUGAUUCUGCUUGUGUUUACGGUACACAGAUUUUUAUAACUUUUCCAUCUAAGAUAAUUAUUGUGAGUCACUUAACAAUUUAUAAAGAGCUAUUCCAUGUUUAAAUUGCAACCAUAAUAAGUUGACCAAAAUGUGUUUAAGAAAUUCUUAUGACCAGAGUGGGAGGCCACUGGGGCAGUCACCUGACCUUGGUGAUCUUUUGCCCUCAAAAACAUAUAAUUUAUCUUGGUUGGGACGUUAGUGUGCAUACCUCACAUAACCUCGGUGCUGAUGGACUUUGCAUGUCCUGGACAAAAAAAUAAAUAUUGCCAAAUAUUGUAAAUGGUAGAUUUAUAUUUGGAAUCUUAUUAAUAUACCAGUGGGAAUGUUGUUAGUAAAACCCAUCAACUGUGCAUCUCAUGUUAAUGUUAAAGUAUUUCCAGCCAUUCUUAGAAAGCUUUUAAGGUUCUAAUUCCUUCUGACUUCUUGAAGGAGUAAGUCCACCCUUUGUCCGUGGUGGAGUUUAUAGUGAUGAUAAUGUCACUCUCCCAACUCUUGUUAAUGAGAAUAUUAUCCAGGUAAGGUGUUUGGCUGAUCAUUAUCUCUGCUCAGCAGACAAGAUUGUGCUGAGUCACCAUAUCCUAUCAUGAACUUUUACGGCACUUGGUUCAAAAGAAGUGAAGAUUUUAGUUGUCGGAAGCUGUGAGAGUCUUAACAGGUCUUGAUACAAGCAACUUCCCUUCCUGUUUCCACUCUGUGAAGGUCACUCUUUGGUGGUGAUGGCAGGGAUGUUGUCUUGCAGAGAUCAAUAACUGGUCAAGUGUCAGGAUUUGUCUUUUUCAGUUGUUGUUUGUUGGCUUCAGUAGUGGUCCUCUGUACCGCUGCAUAACCACACGGACCUUAUGUAUGUUAAUUGGAAAACUAUCAGUGUUAAUUUCUAAGGUUUUGUACUCACCUGCACACCCAUUGGAAAAGUGCAAUGGAUUUAUUUUUAGCUUUUACUGAAAUUUUUUGAUGGAUUUGUAGGUCAGUACAAACUUUAAAAAUUUUUAUCACAACUUUUGUUUUAAUGCUUAUGACUUCUAAAUUCCACAAAAGUGCUCUAUGCUUGGCCUGGGGGAUCAGUGUGGUCUUUUACUGUAUACUGUACUGUACAGAACUGACCAACAGAUAAUCUCCAUCCCAUCACCAAGGGUUGACAAAGUGAUGGUUGACCUGGGAGAUGUUCUCACUACUGUUAACUCCACCACAGUCACUGGGCAAACUAACAUGUUGAAAAAGCUAGAGGUACAUUUCUGAUAAUCAGGAAUCUAACCUCUUUUUUUUAUGAAAACUUCGUUGAAAAUCAUAUUGUUGAAGUUAGAAACAUUUUUGUAUUAAACCUUAUACAUUAGUAAGUGAUUACAAUACGAUACUGUAAAGCCAAAUUUGAAAAUAAAACUUGGGGAGAACAUUUAACCUAUGUCAGGUUAAAGUUGGGAGUGAUAAUUUCUCUUAUAUUUUUCAUUUCAUUUUGUGGAAGAGAAAUGAUAUUGCUAAAAGGCUUUUAGAAUAUCAUUGUGUGUCACAUAUAAGAAAAAUUAUGCAUUUUUAUAUCAAUAUUUACCAAGGUCAAGUGAAACACUAAUGACUUCUUAUGUCAGAAACCAGAGGUCACAAACUUCUCAUUCAGGUAUUAAGCUUUUCUAAAGUACCCAAUGAAGCUGUCAAGCAUCAUACUCUAAAAGGAACUCUUUAUGUUAAUAUUAGUAAACUUGUGUCUUUAUUACUUAGUCCAGUGCCAAAGUGUAAAUGUGAUUUUCAUCUUUUUCCAAGAAUUCAACAUUUCCUGCUUAAAGAGAACUCCCCUUAUUCUCUCGUGUGAUAAAAUGUUUUGUGAUAUUUGUCCGACGACAGGACGAUAGUUUGUAUUUGUUGUACCAAUCAUAGUUUCUAUACCAUUGGCCAUGGCAGGAACGCUGUUGUCACACAGAGGCUUUUCACACAAGAAAUUACCUGGCUGACUGUGUCACAGCAGUUAUUGUCUUUUGACUUGACAUGAAGUAUUGAAUUGAUUGUCAGUACUGAAGUGAUGCAUUUCUUAAGAUAAUCACCUCAAAAUAGAGCAGAGUUUUAUCUGAGUGAAAAGCCAUUCAAAAUUAUAUAUACUGUAUUCAUAUCCUGCUUAUUACAUGGGAUUAGGUUGUCGCAGACCCAACAAAUUGUGCAGUAAAUCAUUGGUGUUGAUAAAAAAUAUGGAGUUUAUGCACUGGGUGUUAAAAUAUUAUCCUUAAAGUUAUUGAGAUCCCCCAAUAAUUGUUAAGUAAACCAAAAAGAUAUUACAGUAGUUAGAAAAUAUUCUGCUUCAAUAUACAGUAGAUAUAGGAACACCAAAACAAGGACUCGCAUCAUCUGGCCUUCCACCUCUGGGCUGUCAUGAACACCACCCAUCCUGCCUCUAGUUUGGUGGGUCAGCUGAGUUGCCAUGUUUACCUUUGUGUGACUGACAUGACAGUUCACUUUGCAGUAUUUUCCUUUGGGGAAGGAGAAAGAAAAUGUAAGUUUCUUCUUUUCUCUCUCUUCCUCUCUCUAUCUCUGCCUUUCACUUUCCUCCCUCUUCUUUGCCACCAGGAGAAAAAGAAAGAAAAGGGAAAGAGAAACUCUUCCAUUCUCUCACAGAAGAAAGGAAAGAGAAAGGUGAUCUUUCUUGUCUUUCCUUUCUCUGUCUCUCUCAAAAGAGAUGGAAGAGGGAGGAGUGAGUGGAGGGCUAAAUGAGAAUGUUGCGUUCAUGCUUAUUCCUUUGAUUUUCUUGUUGUGCAUAUUUAUAGAGAAAAAUAAUAUGUUUGACAGUAGCAUACUAAAGGACAGGUACAGGUACAGACCCUCUCCUCCGUAUUUCAGAAAACCGGAGAUUCUCAAAACUAGAUACAGUAUUUUCUCCCCUGAGAUAGGUUCAGAGUUCUCCCCAGGUGAGCCAUCUGUUACCCUGGACCUACCAGUGGGCUACAUUAAGUUUUGCUUCCAUACACUAACAGAGUCAGCUGAAUUUUGAUUUGACUUAAAAACAAAACAAAUUCUCACCAGUCACGAGACUUUGCAAGAAGUGGCAAGUUCAUAAAGGAUUAUUAUCUAAUUUUGUUAUUUACAGUGUAUUAACACUGGACUACAGUACUGUACUGUACUUCUGAUGUGUUUUGAGUCUAGAACUACUCUACCACUUCAGCUCCUCCUUAUGUUUAAUACAGGAAGGCUCCACAAAUAUUAAAUCAUAAAUUUCAAUGAUAUUUACACUUCAGGUCCCUCUGCCUGUGACCACAUGUUAGGCAACCUCAGUGGACGUGGCUGAGUACGAACAUUUUUCUCUAACAUUGUCCAAUUUUUUUUUUAUUUAGGUUUCAAUCAUUAUCUUGUAUCUUAUUUUGUCUUUUUACAUAUAUUUUUUCUGCACUGCAUUUGUUUUUUCUUCCAGUUAUCAAUAUUCAAGCAAUCUUUACUAGUAUCAGAGUUAAAACCACAUGUUCCUAUAAAAAUUAUGUUUUGUAUUCAAAUUUUGAUUUAAUGAGGAAAUAUUGACUUCAUAUAUUAUAUAUAAAACUUAACUACAUAAGGAGAAAAAGGUUGAUGAGGAAAGUGAGACUGCCAAGUAUGCUCUCUUAUUUGUUCCAGUGUUACAUGUAAUUUAUAUAAUAUAUAAUCUGUAGAUAAAUGAACCUUUGAUUUAUUAUUGUUUAAGAUACAGUAUAUGAAAAAAUUACCCCAAAAAAAUUUAAGCACCAAAGUAUUACCUAUUUAAGCUGAACUAUGUGCAGGCAAAUUUGAUAAUGCAUUUGUUAGUUUAGAUAAUGAGUGCGAGUACUGUACAGCUCAUAGACCAUAAACUAACUGCACAUCAAACUCCUAAGUUGCCUCUGCUCAUAUACUGUACUAUAGUUAUAUUUAAGAUAAAGAAAACUGUAUAUGAAAUUUUCUCUGGAAUAUUCACUAUACUAUACAUGUAUCCCUCGCAUAACAUGACUUUACUUAUGUAGUUUUGUUAUAAAUCAGGGAAUGUAUUCAUAUAAAAUAUUCCCUGGUCUGUUGUUGUAUAACUUGGAGUUUUUGAAAAAGAUGAUUUUUAAAAAGGA